CCAUGGAGGCGCGGGGAGGAAGGGAAGAGAGGAGGACGUGAAGGCAGAGGGGAGGAAGAGAGGAGAGGAGCAAGGAAUAUCCUGUCAGACACUUGAUCCCUGCCUGCCGAGGAGCUGAUACUGUGUCGGAGGACCUUUGAAGAGGUGGGAUCCAACAGCAAACAGGUUCUAGUGAGUCGACAGUACAGCAGCCAUGACGACUCGAGCGAUAGCUGUACAGAUAGAGAGGCCACAGGAUUAUGCCUUUGACCCCAUCUACACUGUAUCUGGCUUCAGAGGAGGGAACCAAGGUGCCGCAGCUUCACGCAUGGUGCUCAAGUUGAGUGCUGUCAGUGGUGCCAACAGAUUCAAGUACUUCCGUACCCCCACAGUGCCUUCGCUGCAGACGGUCCCACCGGACGUCCUGCUAUCUGUAGAUGCUAAGUCAGCAGAGAGUCUCCCAGAAGUGAUGGUGGAGGAGGAGCCAGCGGUGAAGGUUGCAUCAACCCAGACAGAUUACAGAGAGAGCGAAACACAGACAGAUCCGUUCACCCCGGAUGUCGCUCCUCUCGAUCCUUCUGCUCCUGAGCCAGAGCUCCUGCAGCUCAAGGACCUGGUCUGGGGACGAGGUCUCCCUGCCGGCAUGGCUGAGAUCGAGAUGAUCGAGCGCGCUCGGAAGAGGAGAGCAUUCGAAGCGGCGCUUCCCGACAUCGGCGAAGACCCGGAGACCUGGCGAAACAUGAUGGAGAUGCAGCAAAUGGAAGAGCUUGCUAGGAGAGAGGCUGAGAUCCAGGCGCUCCAAGAGCAGCGUCUUGAGCUGAUACGCGGGGCUUUGCAGGCAAGAGACGAGGAGACGAGGUUCGUCAACGAGCAAAGGAUGGAGGAGCUCAAGGAUCGCGCGUCGGCCAUGGUGGAAGCUCAUGCAGAUACAAUCCAUCACACGCGCGUCCGGCAGCUCAGAAAAAUUGCAGUCGCAAGACAGAGUCUGAACCUGUCCAGCACGAAGAAGCGAGACAUCAUCGGGGAGUACGCCAACUUCAACUCCAAGGUAUACGCCCCCAUCAAGCGCGAAGGCUUGAGAGUCGACAGAGACUCACACAAGUACGAGACGAGGUACCUGGACGACAUGAAGUAUCAAGACGUGCUGGAGCUAGAGGAGAGCCUUCCUCGCAGGCUCACCUCCAUCAAGAUCGAACGUCCUUCUCGCACUAAGCACAAGUCCGCCCUGGAGGCCCGCAAGGAGCGCGAGAUGCAGGCACACCUGGACCGCAUGACAGCCAUCAUCAACAAGAAGCACAAGGCAGCAAAAGAGGUAGAGGAAGUAGAUGAUCUCGCCGAGUACAGGAAGGCUCCUGUCGUUGUUCGUCCUCCCACGCCCGAGCUCCGACCUCCAGUGUCCGAGAACGACGACAAGCGUCUUGCCGUCAUCCUGAUGCAGAAGCUGCUGCGCGGUCGCGCUGUACAGAACGACAUGAUGCAGGCUAAGGAGAAGCGGCUGCAGCUCAUCAAGGAGCUGAGGACGGUGGAGACUCUGGAGGACAGGACGGAGCAACACUCGCGGGAGGCGGUUAUCGAGCACCAGCGGAGCAUCAUCUCAGGUCACAUCGCGACGGCCGUUGGACGAGAAGUCGGGCAACAGCUGGACUACCUCAACAAGGAGCUGGUUCGCUACAAGGAGGAGAGGCGGAUCUUUGCCAUGGUCAUGCUGGCGGAGCGGCAGAGGACCAUGCGUGAGGCCGAGGAGAAAGGGAAGCGAGAGGAAGAGGAGCGCCGAAGAGCCAAGCAGGACGAGAUGUACAGGCAGGUCAUGCAAGUCCAUCAAGGAUCUAUCGACACGUUUCUGGAAAACAUCCUCGGCGACGCCAUCGAGAGCACGUCCUCCAAGCAGGCACUGAUGGAGGCCAACGCACGCGCUACCUUCCUCAACGACAUUGUCGACAGCCUGGAACAGGAAGGAGUGACGGACGAAGAUGUGGUCAAGGAUCUGGUGAGCAGCUUCCUCAUGCCUGAGGUCUCUCGCUCGGAUCUUCGCACUCAGAUCCAGCAGGACCAGAAGAGGCUCAUCAAAGCAGUACACGAGCAAGUCAUGACCGCCUUGGGGUCCGAGGGGAUGGCACUCACUGAGUAGGAAGACCGUUCGCUCCAGCCUAGUCUGCUCCCUCCUGCUCGUCGCCCUCGGGACUGCUUGUGUUCCUGUUGCCCAAGUAAGGAGAGAAGUAGUAUGAGGAAGAGAAAGUGCUGUUCCUGUUC